AUGAAUUCAACUAGUCAUAAUUUAACAAUGAAUUCUUUAUCAAAACAACAUAAGAAAAGCGAAUUUACUUCAUCGAAACCUGUCAAUACAAUAUCAUCUCAAAUUAGAUCUUGCUCAAAGUGGAUUCGUGCAGGUGAGACAAUUGUAGGAAACGAAUUAAAUACACAUCUCAAUGAUCUGGAAAGUAUUGCAAUUAUUGGAAUUGAUACGUUGUAUGUUGUUGAUCGUUACAAUGAUAAAACUCGAUUACAAAUAUUUCCAAAUGGAAGUCUUGUUGGUCAUACAUUGUGGAAUGAAUUCGAUCCUAUCAUUCUAAUCGAUGAAAAUGCGACUAUUUACACAGCUUCUUACAAUGGAAAUAUUCAACGUUGGUUUAAAAAUGCAAGACAAGGAGAGAAAAUAAAUUGUCAAUGUAAUCAAUGCUCUCGUGUAUGGUUCGAUUUAGAAAAUCAAGAUUUUUAUAUUGUCGAACGUUUUCAUUCUCGUGUUAUUAAAUGUAAUAUACACACGAAUAGAACGAUAAUUGUAGCUGGAAUAACAAAUAUUGAUGGAUCUUCGAAUCAAACACUUUCUUAUCCGUAUAGUUUAUAUGUCAACAAUGCGAAGGAUAUAUACAUUAGUGAUGUGAACAAUCAUAGAAUACAGAAAUGGAUACAAAAUGCAACAAAUGGCAUUACGAUUGCU